UCGUGCACUUUUGGAAACCUCCUUUUCUAAUUUUUUUCAUCGACUACGCGAUGAGCGUCUUCGGUGCUCUUAUGACCUUUGCAGCUCGUCUUGCUUACCUCUCGCUCCCAGUAUACCUCCUUAGACUUGCCGCGGACCGGAACCCAUUGACUCAAUACUAUUUCCGUUUGGUGCUCUAUGUCUCGACGCUUAGCGUUUGCUCUAUUUGUGGCGCCAUCAUAUCGAUAAUUAUGACCCUGAUUGGAAGGAGAUACGAUAUCAACUACGUGACAGCUAGAAUGUUCUACAACGUUGCGAGUGUAGUGAUGGGGAUCAAGUGCACCGUUGAGGGCGAGGAACACUUGGCAAAGGGACCAUAUGUCAUGAUGGGCAAUCAUCAGUCCAUGUUGGAUAUCAUCGUCCUUGGGAGGAUAUUUCCACGUCGGGCAUCGAUAAUGGUGAAGAAGGAACUACAGUUUGCACCCUUCUUAGGCCAAUACGUGUAUUUGUCUGGUGCCGUAUUUGUGGAUAGGAAGAAUAAUAAGGAUGCCGUCGCCGCACUUGCCGCAGCUGGAGCAGAAGUGAGAAGGAAGAACGUAUCGUUGUGGAUCUUCCCGGAAGGCACUCGACAUAUAUCGAAGGAGAGUGAUUUGUUACCUUUCAAGAAAGGGGGAUUCCAUCUUGCCGUCCGAGCGGGUGUCCCCAUCAUUCCUGUUAUAUGCCAAAACUACUGGUCGAUAUACCACAAGGGAGUGUUGACGGAUGGGAACUUGAAGAUCAAAGUGCUUAAACCCAUACCUACGGCACACCUGACGAUUGAGGAUAUUCCCAACUUGGUCACUCAAACAAGGGAGGCAAUGAUUGCAGCUCUGCGGGAGAUCUCAGAUGGGGAGCCGAUUGCCGCUUCAGGAACAACCAAGGUCAUGGAGAUGAGGAGCCAAGUCCAGGAGGAAGUGAAAUCUUCGGUGGUACCACCUAGUCCUGUAACGGGGACGGGUUCAUUUACGGAAGGGAGUAUUACUGGUACAGAGACGAGCGAGGAUGAUGGGGUUUUGGUGGACAAGCCAUGAAUAUGGAAAUUGGAUUUGUGGUGCAUCAUCAUCAUGUUUGCGUAAUGUGGCGAGUCUGAUUGUCUAAAGAGGUGAAAUAAGUAAAUAUGUAUUGGAUGGGAUCAGGAUUCCAUCAUUGCUAUCGCAGUGCGGUAGUGAUAGUUUUUAGCAUGGAAAGGUGGGUGGGGUUGGUGGGGAAGAUGCAUGGCCAAUAGUCUCGUUGGGUGCAUGUAUCAAGUCGACCACACUGGCAUGGCAAUGACGCUCAGCAUAUGUUGAGUGAUCGGCCGGCAGGAUCUCGGGCUAGGGAAUGUAGUAAGUAUGUCUGGACUUUCCCUUUGAGUGAUAGUGUAUCUUUUGCACGUUGGAGAGAGGUAAUUAUCAACCUGCA